AUAUAAGCCACUGGGGGUGCUACAAAGUAACAAUCGAGUUAAUCAUGGCGUUCGGACACGGACGCCGCAGUUCUUUACCCAUUUCUUUCUUCUCCUUAUACUGAUACUCAUCAAACACCUCCUCACCCAUUCACUGACUACCCAAACGUCAGACACGAUGGCCUGAGAGCCAUCGUUUUAACUUUGCGUCGAGAGAACGAGGAAAAACACAACAAACAACGGGCGUCUCUGAGAACUGGAGCUUGGGAAAGUAGCGAGAGGCGGCGAUUCGCGUGCUUGGUCGGCUGUUGAAGUCGGAAAGAAAUUGUUCUGGAAAGAGAGGAGGGGGUUCGAAAAGGAGGCGCAGUCUCCGAGAUGCCGUCGGUGUCAUGGCAGUAACGAGGCAUGGGAGUAACGUGAUCAGGGCAAGGACUGUCGCUUCCUAACGAACCUAGGACCACCAUGCCCCUCUUCCUGCCAGACUAAAGUCAGGGGAGAGGCCAGACUGGACAGCUUAAGAGAGAGACAGUUUGUGAGUGACUUUGUAAGAAAAAAGAGAGAGAGCGAGACAAAAGGAAACACGAUGGAUGAGUCUGCAUUGCUGGACCUGUUGGAGUGCCCCGUGUGUCUGGAGCGUCUGGAUGCCACGGCCAAGGUGCUCCCAUGCCAGCACACCUUCUGCAGGCGCUGCCUGCUGGGCAUCGUGGGCUCACGUGGGGAGCUGCGCUGCCCGGAGUGCCGCACGCUGGUGGAGAGUGGCGUGGACGAGCUGCCCAGCAACAUCCUGCUGGUGCGUCUGCUGGAUGGCAUCAAGCAGAGGCCCCGACGGCCAGGCCCAGGAGCUGGAGCUGGAGGAGGAGGAGGCGCAGCAGGAGCAGGCACAGGGGUCUGCACUACUAACGGCAUCGCCGGGGCGCUGGUCAGAGCACAGGCAACGGCAGCCCAGAGAGAACCAGGAGUCCCAGGAGCACAGCCCCAGAGGGUGCAGGCCAAGAGUACCCCUGUCAGGGGCAUUCCCCAGCUCCCCUGUGCCAAGGCCCUCUACAACUAUGACGGCAAGGAGCCCGGCGACCUCAAGUUCAGCAAGGGUGACAUCAUCAUCCUGCGCCGGCAGGUGGAUGAGAACUGGUACCACGGGGAGAUGGGCGGAGUCCACGGCUUCUUCCCCACCAACUUCGUGCAGGUCGUCAAGCCCCUCCCUCAGCCCCCGCCCCAGUGCAAGGCGCUCUACGACUUUGAGCUCAAGGACAAGGAGGCCGACAAAGACUGCCUGCCCUUUUCAAAGGAUGAUGUUUUGACUGUGAUUCGCCGUGUGGAUGAGAACUGGGCUGAAGGGAUGCUGGGAGAUAAGAUCGGGAUCUUUCCCAUCUCUUAUGUGGAGUUCAACACUGCUGCGCGGCAGCUUAUUGAGCUAGACAAGCCCUCGGACGGGAGCGGGGAUUCGGCGGGCGAGGGCCCCUCCUCUUCCUCUUCCUCCUCCUCCUCUUCGUCGUCCUCCUCUGCCGCCCCGGGCUUCCCUCAGGCCAACGGCACGCAGAAGCCCGGCGGCGAGAAGAAGAACACCAAGAAGCGGCACUCGUUCACCUCGCUCACCAUGUCCCAUAAGCCCUGCCUGGCACCGCCCCCACAGCGCCACUCCAUGGAGAUCAGCGGGCCCGUGCUCAUCAGCUCCAGCAACCCCACCGCCGCCGCCCGCAUCGGAGAGCUCAGCGGAGGCCUCUCGUCCAGCGCCCCCUCCCAGGUACACAUCUGCACCGCCGGCCUCAUCGUCACCCCUCCCCCCAGCAGUCCAGUCACCACGGCGACGGUGUUCACAUUCCCCCCGGAGACGAGCUACGCGUCUAUCCCAGUGGAUGCGUUGCCGCCCCCUCCACCUCCACCCCCACAGUCCUCAGCUGCAGGCGCCACAUCCUCAUUGGCUGCAGGACAGAGACCUUCCCCCACCAUAAACGACCAGAGCAGCAGACAGCGGCCUACUGUGUAUGUGGCGAUGUUCCCGUACACCCCACGGAAAGAUGACGAACUGGAGCUGAGGAAGGGCGAGAUGUUCCUGGUUCUGGAGCGCUGUCAGGACGGCUGGUUCAAAGGGACCUCCAUGCACACGGGAAAGAUGGGCGUGUUCCCCGGCAACUACAUGAGCCCUGUCAGCAGGACUGUUUCAGGGGGCAGUCAACCCAAAGUGCCCCUGACGCUGUGCACCCAGGCAGGGAGGGGGGUCACCAUCGUCAGCCCUUCAACUGCCCCCUUGGGGUGUGUGGAACACCCCAAGGUCCUCACCACCUGCCCAGGGGCAGCCCCACCCAGCCCCCUGCCCGCUGCGGUGGUCACCACCGCCCACAUGCCCCCAGGGACGGCCAAAGUCCUGAUGCACGUCACCUCCCAGAUGACCGUCAAUCAGGCACGCAACGCAGUCAGGACAGCUGCCUGCCACAACCAGGACCGGCCCACGGCGUCAGUGACGCCCAUCCUGCCCCAGCAAGCCGUGGCCUUCCUGCCCCACCUGGCCGUGUGCCCUCAGCCCUUACCAGCCGCGGUGGGCGGUGCCCCCCCCUCCUGCUCCCGCACCGCCGUGUCCCUGGGCUGUGCCGCCGCCUCGCUCACCCCGCCCAACGUCAGUGCCGCCUCCCUGGAUGCCGACGCCCUGCGGGCCGUGACCGUGCUGGCCGUGCCCCUGGCCCCCGGGAGCGCCGUGUCCCUGGGCGCUGCCAUGCCUUCGGCCGCCGCUGCCAACCAGGCCCUCGCCUGCCGCAUGGACAAGGACGGGAAGAGAGAGAAGAAAGGUCUCCUUAAGCUGCUAUCCAAUAAGAAGAAGCUCCGCCCCUCUCCUCCUUCCUCCCCAACGCUGGAGGCGGAGCAAAGCGUUGCCAUGGAGAUGGCCCUGGGCGCUGCCGGAUCCGACAUGGCCGCCUGCACAGCUGGAGCCAAUGGCGGUCGCUGUGCGUCUGCGCAGGCCGAAUUGGAUCCCUCUCCAUCAGCCUUCGGGGCCCUUGACUCCUCCCACCGCAAGAGCGCCUCCCACGAGGGCCCCGUGCCCAUCGCCCCUCCCCCGCGCCAACCCUGCUCAUCACUGCACGCGCUGCAUGACUCUCGGCCAAUCGUCUGCGAGAGGUACCGGGUGGUGGUGUCCUACCCGCCCCAGAGUGAGGCGGAGCUGGAGCUGAAGGAGGGAGACAUUGUGUUCGUCCACCGGAAGCGCGAGGACGGCUGGUUCAAGGGCACGCUCCAACGGAACGGCCGCACCGGCCUCUUCCCCGGCAGCUUCGUGGACAUCAUCUGAUGCGUCUGCGACACGACCAGCCCCGAGACCUCCGGGCCCGGAGUGGGAUUCACUUAAACUGAGUCGACCACGCAAGGGGUUCAUCUGGAUAUAUAUAUGCUACGCAUUCUGCUGUAGUCUUAAUCCAGCUACCUUAAACCACCUCACAAGGAAAGAAAAACUCCUGGACUGGGCCACAGUUGAAUUGUGGCCAUUUCUAAGCGGGCUGUGAACAGGCCUCAACAGCACAAUGGAGAAAUGGCAAUGGAUUCUUAAGGACAGACCAUAGACACAUACGAGUAGCAAGCAGAGGAAUUAGCAUUAGCACCGGCUAGCAUAUGCUGGUGAUGAGCACUAUAGUUAGUCAUGUGGUAGGGCUAGACGUCCCUUUUCGCUUUAUUUAACGAUCAGUAACAUUUCAAAGGUCUUUAAUGUGUGCCUUGUACUGUCUCACUUUAUUGUAUAUAAGCAAACAAAGGUAAAUAUGAGUUACAGAACAAAAAAAAUUAUGAACUGUUCAUGUCUGGAAAUAUGAAUUUAACUUAUUUUUUAUUGUGUGGUUUGGUUGGGGUAGCACGGAAGGUUGGCUGGCUGGUAUGGAUGCCUGGGUUAUUUAAAUGCUCGCUUUAACACGGAAGUACCAUUUAAUGUGGACCUGCGAUUGGCUGCCUGCAGCUCUUGGCACACUGAUUGGAUAAUUGCUCAUCCAAUCAGUCUCUCUUUGCACAAUAAGUGGCUGAAAGGUCCUAGCAAGCCUCUCAAUGUCGUCAAUGCCCCCCCGCCCCCGGCAAGCACAGCAUAUAAGGUUUCAUGUGUGGAUGUUUUGGUUGCCUUUGUGAUUUUGAUAUGUUGAAGGACGUCCUAGGAAUUAAAAGCCGAAUACAAGAACAGGAAGAAGUCACAGACAACAACAGUCUUUCAUUGACUUAAAUGAACAACAUGAAGGGGGUAUGAUAUAAAUGUGUGUCAUAGACCACACCAGAGAGCCUUAGCGUCAGAACACACUUCCAGGUCGGGUCGGGGUACAAGGAUGUUCAAGUGCUGCUUGUAGGGACAGGAUCAGCAGAGGGAUUGCAUGAGAGACACUGCAUGAUUCAAAAUUGCUGACCAUAAAGACCAUAAAGAUGAGGAAAUAUUUGAAACAACUGUUACUGCUGUAGAUGUUCUGUUGAAGUGAUUUGGAUGUAAUGGGGGGGGG